UGCCAGCCAGCGAGCGACUCGUAUUCGACCGCAUUCUGGUUAGGCCGUGCGACCGAAACGACACCACAACGACCAAGAACUGCUGCUGCUGGCUGUUUACGUAGGGCAUAUUUGCUGAUAAGUAGCUCGUAAAGAUGCUCCUGAGAACUAUAGCUCGUCGGGGUUACGCCUCUGUAACUGCUAAAUAUGCUUCCCCCAUCCAAGGCUUCGUGGGUGCUAUUGGAAAUACCCCACUCAUCAGAAUUAAGGGUCUUUCUGAGGAGACUGGCUGCAAUAUUCUUGCCAAAGCAGAGUUCAUGAACCCAGGCGGCUCAGUCAAAGACCGUGCUGCUCUUUUUGUCGUCAAGGAUGCUGAAGAAAAGGGACUCAUCAAACCCGGUGGUACCGUUGUUGAAGGCACAGCUGGUAACACGGGCAUCGGCUUGGCACAUGUCUGCCGUGCAAAAGGCUACAAGUGUGUCAUCUACAUGCCCAAUACGCAGUCGCAAGAAAAGAUCGACUUGCUCAAGAUGCUCGGUGCAGAAGUCCAUCCUGUACCUGCUGUUGCUUUUGACAACCCACAAAACUACAACCACCAAGCCAAGCGACACGCCGAGUCGCUUCAGAAUGCCGUAUGGACUAACCAGUUCGACAACGUCGCCAACCGUCAAGCACAUAUUGAGACAACAGGACCUGAGAUCUGGGAACAGACAGGAGGCAAGAUUGAUGGAUUCACUUGUGCCACAGGUACAGGCGGUACCUGGGCUGGCGUUGCUCGUGUCCUUAAGGAAAAGUCUGGUGGUAAAGUCAAGACAUUCCUGGCUGAUCCUCCAGGCUCUGUCCUCUACAGCUACAUCAAGUCUGGCGGUAAGCUGACUGAUCGCUCAGGUUCCAGUAUCACGGAGGGCAUCGGCCAGGGACGUGUCACGGACAAUAUGAAGGAUGACAUUCACCUUGCCGAUGACGCGCUGAGUAUUGCGGAUGAGAAGAGCAUCAAAAUGGUGUACAGGCUAUUGGACGAAGAAGGUCUGUAUGUUGGCGCAUCCACCGCACUGAAUGUAGUGGCGGCCUAUGAAAUGGCACAGCAGCUUGGCAAGGGCAGCACGGUGGCGACUAUUCUUUGUGAUGGUGCAUACCGCUACCAGCAGCGGCUAUUCAGACGUUCGUGGCUCGAAUCCAAGGGCCUUGUGGGCGCAAUCCCAGAGCACCUUCAAAAGUACAUUGUGCUAGAAUAAGAAGAAUCUA